AUAAUAACGGACUGAACGACGAAAGCUUGUCGAUUCUCUCCAACACCAUGUCCUCCUCGCUGCUCCCAUGGAAGUGGGCAAUCGAAGCCCUAGCCGACAUUCCUGAUGUAUCCACCUCCGUUCUGAGCGCUUUGGCCGCUAGGGUUCCGGAAGUGAUCGCCGAUCCUUCCGGCUCCGUAAGAGAGAGGCUUGCUCUGAGAUACCUCGAGGAGUGCUCGGGUAUGGCUUGUGGGGAGACGCCGCCGGCUGUGGCCACCAAUGCUCCUUCGAUGUCGGCUUCUGCAAGGAAGAUUGAUGCGGCCCUAACGUGCGAGGAGGUUCUGAUGUCUAAAAUGGCAGCAGCAAACGAUGAUGGAACGGGAAAAGCUUGCCUUGAUGAUGGCGAUCUUCACCAAUUUAUACUUUUGAAGAAGGCGACGCUUCCGAAAUCAUCUAUUGAUCUGCUGAAGGAGAAAAUUCUCAGAAGCCAUCAUCCUGAUUGUGUUAAUCAUCUCACUUCUAACAAUACUGGAGAUCAUGAUAACAUAAAGAAAAUCAUAAGAACCAUGAAGCAUGCAAACCCAUGGUUGAAGAAGCUUUCUAUAAUCAGAAAAUAUCGAGAAUUGAAAAAUCUCGAUAAUAAUUCGCCUUCGAGUACUUUCGACGGAUCUUCUCAAAGAACUUUGAGAACUCCGCAGCAUUUCCUCAAUCAAAUACUUCCUGACGACGAAAAGAGAAAUCAGCAAACUACUUAUGUUCCUGCUCCAAAUGACGACAUAAGCCACUUCGAAGGAUCGCAUCGAUCCGCACAACAAUCUCAGAGUCAAAUGGUUCUUCCAGAUGAUAGAGCUGAUUUGCACGAAGUAGCAGAGCAGACUUCGAUGCCUCCGUCAUCUCUGCAAACCUCUUGCAUAAAAUGCGGUACAAGCGGCCAUCUUUUGAACUGUAACAGCGACGGCUGUUCCAGAUCCAUUCAUAGAAGCUGCUUGGAUAUGUUGCCUGGUGUUGACGAAAAUUGCCAUUUCUAUUGCCCCUUCUGUGCUUAUCGAAAUGCACGAAUAAUGUACGAGAAAUCGAAGCGAAAAGCUCGGGAAGCUCGCAGAAACCUUUUGUCGUUCUAUCAUAUCAGUUCGACAGCUGAAGUCCCGAGAGAGAAAGUUUCUUCUGCAAAAACUUGGGCAGAAAGUGUGCCGGAAUGCGAUGAGACUCAAAAUAAUGAAACGAGCGAAUGCGAGUUUCUCCGAGAAAGUCACCCUGAAAAUUUUCAAAAUCAGCAGAAUGAAUUUAAAGGCGCGGACCAUGAGGUUGGGGAGAUUAAAAAUAUGCGAAAUGGUGAUGCGGAUCAGAAACAGAUAUCUUUAGAGGGAAGUGAAAGAUCAGCUCAGAAGGUCGAAGGAGAGCUCGAUCAUAAUGCGAAGAGAAAGGCUUUAGCUUUGCAGAUCGGCGAGAGUUUUUCGAAGCGAAGCAGAGGAAAUAAAGCUGCAAAGAUCGAUAAUGAGGGAGUUGUUGAAAAUCAGGGAAAGGGCAGCUCAUCUUCAAGAGAGUUGAGGAAGAACAUGCAUCACCGGAAUCAAUGCAUUAAUCUGAAACCGUCCCCCAGCAGGAGAACAAUUCUAGUUUGGAAGCCGGAGGAAGAAGAAGCUUUAGCGGAAGCCAUGGAGAAGGUUCCGAGAAAUGAAGAUGGAAGCAUCGCAUGGAUAAAGAUAUUGGAACAUGGCCGGCGUUUUCUUCAUCCAUCUCGCACUCCCAUUGACCUCAAGGACAAGUGGAGAAAUAUGCAGAGAAAACUAGCUAAAAAAAGACUUUAACUUCUCCUUUUUUUUUUCUUUUACAUAUAUAUCCCUGUAAAUUUUAUUUUUGGUUUGCUUUGAUGGCUUGUUGUCACUGAGGCAUGAAGUCUCAGGAUAUCCUGUGUAAUUUUAGAUUUGCACUUUUCUCCAUGUAAUUAGUUAUUUUUGCUGUAAAAUUGGUGUAUGCUAACUAGGGAAAAAUAUUACAUCAGGACUCCUGACGUAGAGCUAUGUUCGGAUUGGAAUAUUCGGCUGUGUUAUGAGAAUAUUUCAUCUGCGUUAUUUGUAAAAAUGAUGUGUUAUUCAAGUAAUAUAUGAUGUUAUUCGAUUAUUUUGCGUUGUUAUUCGAAUAUUCCAUCGUGUUACUUGAUUUGGGGCUAUGUUAUUCGCAUAUUUCCCGUGUUAUUUCAAUUUUCAUUAUAUUAUUGGAAUAACACAACCCUAAAUCAAGUAAUGCGAGGAAAUAUUCCAAUAACACUUCAGCCCCAAAUCAAGUAAUGCGAUGAAAUAUUCAAUAACACCGC